AUGGACAGGCAAACGCUGGCGGAUUUACUGAACGAAUACUAUAUACUAAACUUACUACAUCAUCGAUCGAAGAAUCAGCAUCGUCAACAACAUUGGUUCAAGUACCUAAAUAUCACCUACCGAAACCUUCGAAAGGUACUCAAGUUACAAAUUGACAUUGAUCGACUAGCCACAACGUUAUCAUCAGGUUCUGUCAAUGUUAAAACCGAGUCUAAAAUCAACUACAAAAGGAGUCAAAUAUCACGUCUAAGUAACAAAAUUAUUCAAGUAUCGCGCGAUGCAUAUUGGGCGUACAAUUCCAUUUUGGUUUUGGGACAGUACAUCACUUUGGGAUUCGCUUUGAUUGGAAAUUUGGCCAAAAUUGUCAGUUUGCUUGGGAAGAUCCAAGGCGUUGAUGUUAAAAAGAUUGAGUUGGCAGCGGUUCCUGCUGCUAAUCAAUCCGCAGAAACAAAUGUCUUGAGUGUGGGUAUUGACUUCUUUGGGGGUCAAGAUAUCAACGAGAAUGAUUUGGAUGAUUUGGGAGAGGAGAUAGCUUAUGAUUUGGAGGAGGAGGAGGAUGCGGCGGGAGGCAGAGAGAGCAUUGGAGUGGAAGAUGUGGAGGCGAGAAAUUUAGUGAGCCAGUCUUUGGACGAAACCUCUAGUUGUAAAAGUAAACAGGACGAAAAUCAAACUGGGAAAGGCUCUAGUGGUGGCACAACAGUUGAAACUAGAGAGACGCACACGGUUAAGUCAAGUGAAGAACAACAACAACAACAACAACAAGAACAAAACAAGAGCCAGGACAAAAGUGAAGGUGGCACCCACAAAGAACCAACACCGACUUCUCCUUCAAUCAAGGAAACGAUUGGCACUUCAUCAUCCAACAAAAAGAGAAAAGCAGAGCCAUCUUCAAAAGUGCUCAAAUCUUCCAAAAAAUCAAAACCGUCCAAGAAAUCAAAAUCAAAAUCGAAGUCAGUCAUUGAUGAUAUCUUUUCGUAA